UCCGGGUUCGAAGUCCACUCGCAGCUGACAGUUUUUCUUCGGCUUUUUUUUUUUUCUGACUCACCACAACUUCGCUAAGAUUUUCUUUUAACUUCGGGGCAGCGUUUCGUCGGCCGUUGUGGUGGCUGUCCGGUGUCCCACAUUGGAGGCAGGCUGUCGCGGGACAGAGGCACACAUCUGUAAUAACACACACACACACACAGAGAGACACACACACUGUCACUGGCUGCACAAGCGUUGGCAGGACUGCGUGUCAGCAUGCCUGUGCGACAGAAAGAUGCUCAGCGAGCUUUGGAGCUGCUCCAGCAGUAUCGAGUCAAACUGGACCAGAGACAGCAGAACCAAAGUCAGAGCAAACAGGCUCCAGUGGAAGAGGACCGGCAGCUGCAGCAGUCUCUGGACAGGGUCAUCAACGUCUUCCAGAGUCAGCUCUUCAAUGCUCUUCUUGAUAUCCAGGAGUAUUAUGAGUUAACCAUUUUGGCAGACAGCAAUUGUUCUCUGGACCAGCUGGACAGUCCUGGAAAACUCCCUGCCGCACUCGACCUGCCAGCAGAACCCACUGCCCAGCAGCAGCCCUCCCCUGGUGCCCCGAGCCCACAGGUUUCUGGGGAGCCAUCCCAACCCAAACCAUUAGCCUCUAAACCUAGAUCAAUCAAGUCCCCUGCCCCCCCUGUUCCAUCGGCAACAAAAACCUCUCCAUCGGGAAUAUCUCCGGUGCAACCAGCAAAAGUCAAGUACCGUGCUCCUCUUCCUCCUGUCCAAAAUGGAGCAUCUAAAUCUUCAGAGGCAAAGAGUCCUAAAAUAUCAUCAACCUCUGCUGCCGCUUCCUCUAACUUUUUUGGGAACAAAAAAGAAAGCCCCACCAGCCCAAACAACACAUCUCCUGUUUUGUCAAUGAAUGGUUCCAAGUCACAGGUUACUGACACUGGCCUUGGGUUGUCUUCAGAGAGCACCACACCUCCGAACCCCAACCUGGUGACUGUCUCUGCCCUUGUCUCUAGCACCAUUCAAGGCAUUGUGUCUCAAACCUCUCCAGCCAAAGACACCCCCACUACCACCCCUCCCAGCACAAGCCCAGGUCUCAGCCAAACCCCUAAAGUUUCUAGUCCUCUUGAAACCAACAAGGACCCAGAAUUGGCCAAAGUCACUCCCAGCAAAAAUCCAGUAAGUCCCAUCCGUGGGAGGCUUACAUUUGAUGACCAACCCCCCACAAGCCCACCUGGAAAGCUGUACAAAAAAACUAAUCAGAAACCAUCCAGCCCUGGGCCAGUAGAAGUCACCUACACUAGCCCCAGCCAUGGCCCAGCCCACUCCAGGCCAGCUACAAGUCCACUGACCCCCAACAAGACCAUUUCACUACAAGCUUGCACUGGAUACAGAACACUGCUUGUUCUCUACUGA